AUGAAUAACGAACCAUCAUGGCUUCUUACCACUGUGACUUGGAAUAAAUCAUCUACUUUUAACAAUGAUACACGAACAACUGACUCCGCUGCCAUCUACGUCUUUACGCCUGCUCCGUACGCGGCAAAACAAGUCCUUGCCUUCUUCCUGGUUUUUUUUGGCGGAAUUGGAUUUGUAGGUUCCUGUCUCAUUUUUUACUUUUUGUGGAAAAAGCCAAGAAAAAAUCCAGUACAGGCAUACCCUUUUGCACAGAAUCUAACCAUGUAUGUAAGAAGUCUCUGUCUGUCAGACCUGCUUUCUUGUGCGGUAUCCUUGCCUCUUGUCUGUUUGCAGAUGUCGUUGGAUGUGUUCCAAAGCGGCUUGGCUUGUAAGCUAGUUCGAUACCUAAACUUCGUCUUUCCUGUCAUCACGAUCAACAAUCUAGUAGUGAUAAGUCUCGAGAAGUAUUUGUCAACUCGAUCCAUGCCACAAACAUUCCGCGUCUCGACAGUGCGGAAAAUGAUUAUCUCUGCGUGGUUACUGGGAAUUCUUGUGAUGCUGUUUCCCGCAGCCACGUACGACGGAAUGAGGGUCGACCUUAACGAAACCCAUUACACUGUCAUAUACCGAAAUGAUGAGCUUUUCUAUCCUUUCAAACUGACAUUUCUUCUUUUCCCAAUACAAUUUGUACUUCCCAUUUUGUUUAUAAUCUACGUUAAUGUAUCCUUAAUCAGAACUGUAUGCCAGCGUAAAAGGCAAAUCUGCUAUAGAAUGAACAAUGUUUUCAAGGCUCAUUUAAGAGCCACAAGAAUCAAAGGAAUAUCUCUUCUUAUAGCCCUGACAUUCGCCUAUAUUUUUCCUUUCUCUCUCUUUGUAGUCAAUGUAGCUUAUACACAGAUGGCUAAACCACAACGUGAUUUCUCAACUGACUAUAUGGUACGUUAUGGCAGUGGCAGUAUAGCAUUUCUAAACCCUUUGUUAAACUUCAUAAUUUACUUCGCUCAGAUGAAGGACUUCAGUGAAUUUUUAAAG